AUGGAAACUAUAGAAGAAAAUUUAAAAGAACUUCAAAGCAUGUUAAGCGAUGAAAAUAUUAAAAAUAUCGUUAAAGGUUUUAAAGAACUUGUCGAAAUACCAAAAACUUUUGAAAAUUAUCAAAAAAUCGUUAAUUACGACACCAAGUUACGUCAAGUAGCAGAUUGUUUAAUAAACGAGAGAUUAAUAAUCAAUUCUCGGGAAUCUAAGAAUCCAGAUAAUAAUAAUGAUAUCCGGAAAUUUUCUACUUCUUUGAUUUAUUUAAAAUUAUUAGCUAAUAAAAUAACUUAUCCAAAAAGAAUAGAUAUUAUACAAGAUGUGAUGAACUCUCCUUGUAAAGAAGAAAUCUUGUUCAAUUAUGCUCUGUCAGAGGAUGAAAUUAACAAACGUUACCGAAAACUCGCGUUGAAUUUCCAUCCAGAUAAAACAAAUCGACCAAAUACCCCGUAUUCUCUUCAAGGUGAUCAUAAAAACCUAGGCUGGAUGUUUCAUAAGAGAAAUGCAGACGAACUUUGGAAAAUUACGAUUGAAUACCGUAAUGCAGCUAAAGGACAAUGGGAUAAACUAAAAAUUCUAAAUAAAGAUGACAUCAGCAGAUUCUCUUCUGAAGAACUGGAGUUUAAUAGCGUAAGUUAUGGAUUACAGGCCUAUAAAGAAUACAGAGCAGCAUGUAAAAUUGUAGAUAUAGCUAAACAACUAAAAGAACAAGUAAGAUUACGAGGAAAUAUCGCAUUAUGCUUAUAUGUCUCUAACCGACUUUUAGAAGCCCAGUUAUAUGCGUUAUCAGCAAUUAAGUUAAUUUCAAAAUUCUCAAGAUAUUACGUUCCAUGA